AUGACACUCACAGGCAGUAUAAUAAUCGCGUACACUUUGUGGGCUUUGGGCACAUCAGCCAACAUGAAAAGGCUGUUUAGCGGCACUUUAGGUGGAUGGGCUCAUACAAGCGAGGAGGCUUUUUUAUUUCUCUGUGUUAUGACGAUUGCCGCAGAAAUUGGAGGAAUCAUAUCAUUAAGUAUACUGAAGACCAAAGUUUCUGAUAUUGUAGAGCAGGGAUGGGAUGAAGUGAAUCAAAGGACUAGAAAUAUAAUUCAAGAACAGUUCCAAUGCUGUGGUAUCGCAGGUCUGAGUGAAUUCGCCUCUAAAUUGGAUCCAAUAGACGAAAGUUGUUAUCGAAUUGAAUACAUCCGUAACGGCACGGGAACUGAUGCCCAGAUCACUCCCAUUCGCGAACCAAAUCGAAUUGGCUGCAAAGACAAAUUAGUUGACUGGAUAUUUACUCAUAAAAUGGUUUUCACUGUUUUAUUAUCUGUUUCCGCAAUUAAUCACUUAAAAGUUCGGAGUUCUUCGAUGGAGUCCUUGGAUGAACACCAGACCAUCACUUAUAUGUAA